AUGGACAUCCCAGACUUGGCAUGGUUUAAGGUGCUGAUUUUGGUUGCAAAGAACUCCUCUGAAGAUCUGUACAGCAUGGCGGGGACAUGCAAGUUAUUUGAAGAAAUGUUGAAUGAUCUUGAGGUUUGGCGAACCAUGUCUGUAGAGAAGUACCAGUGGCAUCCUGAAUGGUACGUGUUUUAUCAAGAGAAACUUGUUGAGUUCUUGCAAAAAGAAGCAGUAACUCAAUUCUUCAUAUUCAAAGAAGAUGAGGCUGUCAACAACUUCCGAGUAGCAGCUAAGGCAGGGCAUAUGGAAUCCUCCUACAUUAUUGGCUUGCUAGGGCUGGUGAACCCUACGGAGGGUAAAGAGGAUGUGAUGGAAAUGUUGUGCCAUCUAAGAAAAAUGAAGAAAAUUGACAUGCAAGCAUGCAGGGAAUCAAUUAUGAAUCGAUUGAUGAGGUAUACAAUUUCAGGCGUGGUGACUCCUCCAACUCUUGCAAAGUUUACUGCUGACAGAAAUUUUUUUCUUAACUGCGUUAACUGUGAGGGUAAUCGGGAGUAG